CACCACCUCCAGCAGGACCUGUUCAACUUGUUUAAGUUGUGAAAUACUUUAAGAGGGUGCGCUUGAGAGUGAGAGUGUUCCUCACGUCUUGAAAAUGAAGAUCAGUUUCUCAAAGUGUCGCUCGGUGCUCAUCACGGGGGCAAACCGAGGUCUCGGACUGCAAAUGGUCCGACAGCUACUCGAUUCACCGAACAGACCCCAAAAGAUCAUCGCGACCGCGCGGGAUCCAGCCGCUGCAAAGGAACUGCAAGAACUCGCUAAAUCGCAUCCAAACGUUCAUGUUUUGCCUUUAGAUGUGACCAGCGACAGCAGCGUGGAUGCAGCAGCGCAGUCAGUGGAAUCCAUUGUGGGCACUGAUGGUUUGAACUGCUUAAUUAAUAAUGCUGCGAUUAACAUACCAUGUGAACUGGACACAGUCACUCGAGAUGCCAUGAUGAAAACCUAUGAGAGUAACACAGUGGCUCCUCUUUUUGUGACCAAGGCUUUCCUGCCAUUGUUGAGAAGGGCGGCAGCUCAAGGCAGUGACAUGGGAAUCCAGAGAGCCGCGGUGAUCAAUGUGUCGUCGCUCCUGGGAUCUGUGCAGCUCAACUGGGGCGAGGUUGGGAGCUUCAAGUUUUACGCUUACAGGGCAUCUAAGAGCGCCUUGAAUAUGGUUACAAGAUGUUUGGCUGUCGAUCUGGAAGCGGAGAAGAUCUUAUGUGUCGCCCUUCACCCUGGUUGGGUGCGCACUGAUAUGGGUGGAUCAAUGGCACCUUUGAGCAAAGAGGAGAGCAUAUCAUCAGUGUUGUCUGUCAUUUCUGGAUUAACGGAGAAGCAUCACGGUGGAUUUGUGGACUACACUGGGGAAAGCUUACCCUGGUGAUCUCCAUAUCGUGUGUCACACUGUCUGAGUGCCAGAUGACCGCUGGGAAGUUAAGACCAGAGGAACAGCAUGCUGUAAAGAUAAUUCAUGUUUCCGCCUGUAUGUACUAAGAAGUAAAAUAGUGAAAAAACCUUA